AGCCCGCUUAUGCCGGCGAUGAGUAAUAAGCGGCGGGUAUUUGGUUCUCUUUGAAUGCAAAUGAAGUUUCGUAAUGCCAGCAAUCGGCGAUCUGUCUGGCCUGGCUUAUCAGUUAGCACCCCCCCAAGUGAUUUACAUGUUCGGCCCCAUUGCAUCAUACGCGUUGUGUACUUAAGGCAAUUACUGUUACUGUAGCAAUGAUCGUGACCGGGCAAAAUGAAUUGCGCACACAUGUUGAAAUCACUUUCACUCUCACUUGGCGCUAAUAGGACAGCUGACUUCUACAUUUCAAUUUCAAUCUCAAGCGCUAUCGCAAUCGCAAUUUGUCGUUCAGUCAAAGAUGCUGUCGUUACCGGUGUUCCCGUUAAUAGUCCUUCAACUGUUGCCUGUCUACUGUUACUAUCACGAGUACCGUUACUGGGAGAUAAAUGAUCCGCCGCCCAUAUGCUCAGAGUAUGAGAUGCUGAUUGUGAAUACGCACCAAUGUGUGCGCCGUUGCAACAUUGUGUGUCAACGCGGCGUUUGCUUUGAGGAUGGACCGUGUCCUUGUGCGGAUCAGUAUCAAAGUUCACAUGGGGACAGUGUGGUAUGUGCCGCCGAGUGCGUGCCCGGCUGCCAGCAGGCAGGUGGACACUGUGCCGGUCCCGAACUCUGCAUUUGCCGCAAGAGUAAACACUACUACUACGAUCCAGUGGCGCGUCAUUGUCGUCGUCGUGGACCCCGCCUUUUGGAUCUGUGCGGCGGUCGUUGCAUUCAUGGCCGCUGCUCGUAUGAUGGUCGCUGCAUCUGUGCGCAGGGCUAUGAAUUGCGCAGUACGCUGCUCCAUGGCUCCGAAUGUAUGCCAACUUGUGAUCACGACUGUGGUCCCAGAGCCUAUUGCUAUGCUCCCAAUAUGUGCGCCUGUCGGCACAAGCAUUAUCACUAUGCCUGGAAUGGAAAAUGUACCAAAGACUACUAAAGAAAUUUGUUUAAAGUGAUAAUAGGGCUGUUUUAAGUCCAUUUUAAUUUAUAAAAAAUCAGAAUUAUUAAAAUACGUAUGCUAUAAAUAGCAAAUUGAAGACUAG